GUAGAACCCAGUAAACCAAAUGGGUUUUGCUUCAAAGCAAAUGAUUAUUGGAAGUCUUGUAAGCUUCAAUCAAGAUGCCACCAACACAAAUUCAUGAGGACCCUUGAAGAGUUAGAUGAGUCAGAAAAGGUGGUUUCACGAACACCCCCAGUUCAAGCACCUAAUCCACAUGGUUUGCAGCCCAACUAGAAAGGUGAUGGGAUUGUGGAUGAUGCUAAUCCGCACCAUUGCAACGCCUAAGAGUCGGCAAGCAUGGUUUGUUGUGAAUGGUGUUCCUAUUCAGUAGUCCAUCAGGGAGCAAGGUCUCAUCUCAGGUUUAUACUGCUACCACUAUCCUGAGAACUAUAUGAGUGGGUUGAGCAUGAAGUUUGCGGUGAAGCACUUUAGGAAAAUAUUCAUGAAGAAAACAUGUGCCAAACCACGACCCCACUUGUUCAAGAAUGUGGAAGUUGAAGUUCAGAUCGACUGGGACAAUAUGAUAUACAUUGAAAGAGCUCUUUAUAAGACACUUGGAGGGACAAAGGAAAUUUGUUGGAUAUUGACACAAUUAAACGUGAGUAAGACUUUCUUUACGAGAUCAUGGGUGAAGGGUGUUGAAAGAUGUAAAAAUUAUAGAUUAUGGCGAUGAUCAUGAUGCAAUUAUUGAUGGUUGGAAAAAGUUCAUAGUCCGCGAAGGUGGGAAGAUAUUUUGGAAGGAUAUCUUCAAGGAAGAUUUAAGUCUCGAAAUCUAGAGAUAGAACAUCAAGAAGGGAGCAACUAGAGGAGGAGGAGCAUGAGGCUGAAAACGAGCAUGAGAGGAUUUGCGGUGGAGAACCUGUGGCAUAUCUUGAAAGUUUAAAAGAAAUGGUGAUGAGAAUGAUGUCAGAUGACUGCAAUUGAAGGGAAGAUUAAAAACAAGUUUGAGGAUUUAGACACGAGACUAAAGGUGUUCAAUAGGAUAGCAUUCGGAGAGAGUUUUUUGGAAAUAUGGACUUUCAGUAUAAUCAUUAUGAAGAGGGUGGAACGUCUGCAUAAAAAGACAAAGAUAAUGAGGAUAAAGGCAAGGAGGCUGACAAGGAGAAUGAGAUGGAAGAUGGGAAUGAUAUUGAGGAUGAGGAGGUGUUGGGAACGAGCCAGAAAAAAGCUUCAGGAGGAGGAGCAUGAGGCUCGGAACAAGCCUCAAAAGGAGCUUCAGGAUCGGAGGAGCAUGAGUCUGGUAACGAGCACGAAAAAGAGCUUCAGGAGGAGGAGCAUGACUCUGGUAACGAACCUGAAAAGGAGCUUCAGGAGGACGAGCAUGAGUCUGGUAACGAGCCUGAAAAGAAGCUUCAGGAGGACGAGCAUGAGGCUGAUAAUGAGCAACAAAAGGAGCUUCAGGAGGAGGAGCAUGAGGCUGGGAAUGAAACUGGAAAGGAUCUUCAGGAGGAGUCUGAGAAGGAGCUUCAGGAGGAGGCUGAGAACGAGUAUGUGAAAGAGCUUCAGGAGCGGCCAAUGAAAGAGGCAACAUGUAAUUUGUUGUGCUGUGAAUUUGGAGCAGCAGUGACAUUGUAAAUGGGUUAUAACUUGUUCUAACUUUGUUGUAGAUGAUGCUGAGGAAUAUACACUUCGAGUGAUGGAAGCAGGAGCAGAAAAGGUUGAGGAAGAACCUGCGAGAAAAGAAGCGAUGACGAGGCCAGAGAGGGUGUCGAAGCCUUCACGUUUGU